UCAGGGUGAACCGACUGUGAGUUAGUGAUGGGUGAGCGGGUCGGGGUCGGGCGACAAAGCGGGGUCGCUGCGGUCGGCAACGUGUUGACGCUGUGAAGGGACGGAGCGCGGCGACAAGCGGGCACUCACCCAGGAGGAGGCCGUCCAUGUCAAAGAUGACAUGACUAACCGGCUUGAAGUCUGUUGUACAGCUCGCCGCCAUUUCCAGAGGAACCGUGGGCCGACGAUCAGCUUCCCAGAGUUACCAUCCAGGGGAUGUGAGCCAUAAAAUACCGAAAAUACAUUCCGAAGACUGAUAAAUCAUCCUUCCAGCCCCAAACAUAAUCAAAGGGAACAUGAACAUCUUGCUGAUGUUCUUUCUACUAUACUUGGCAAAAAUAAAUGUGGGGCAAAGUGCAAGCUCGCAGCCCAACUAUGUCCUUAUCAUGGCCGAUGACCUCGGAAUUGGAGACCUGGGAUGUUAUGGAAACACCACAUUGAGAACACCCUACAUAGACAGCCUGGCAAAGGACGGAAUAACACUGACCCAGCAUAUAGCUGCAGCCGCAUUAUGUACCCCAAGCAGAGCUGCUGUUCUGACCGGCCGGUAUCCAAUCAGGUCAGGAAUGACCACCUUCCAAAGAAUAGGUGUCUACAUUUUCGCAGCUGGGUCAGGCGGACUUCCUACAAAUGAGACAACCUUUGUCAAGCUGUUGAAAGAGCAAGGUUAUUCCACUGGGCUUGUUGGGAAGUGGCACCUUGGUUUAAACUGUGAAUCGAGCGAGGAUCAUUGUCACCACCCACUCCGCCAUGGCUUUGACUACUUCUACGGUCUUCCAUUGACCAACCUACGUAACUGCAAGCCCGAUGGAGGCAAUGUCAUUAAUGUGGGAGCUCGGAGUGCCGUGCGCAGCGUGGUCCAGGUUGCAACUCUAUCCCUCUUCACGCUGCUGCUGCUGGAUUUCUGUCAGCUCAUGAGGGCGCCGUGGAGAGCUCUGGGUUUCAUCUUUCUAGCUGUCGCUCUGUUAUUUGCUGUUGUUUUGCUUUUCUUCUCCCAGUUCCGCAACCUCAACUGCAUCCUGAUGAGGAACUGGACAGUCAUCCAGCAGCCCUUUUCAUGUGAGAACCUGACGCAGAGAAUGACCAACGAAGCCACAAGUUUCAUAGAACGGAACUCAGACCGUCCAUUCCUGCUCUUUAUGUCCUUCAUACCUGUCCACACGGCACUAUAUGCAUCUCCAGAAUUUUUAGGGAAGAGUAAGCAUGGUUUGUAUGGUGACAGUGUGGAGGAGAUGGACUGGAGCGUAGGACAACUCUUGGCUUCGUUGGAAAGGCUUAAUCUCAGUGACAGAACUCUGGUUUACUUCACCUCAGAUCAAGGGGCCCAUGUUGAAGAGAUCUCUGACACUGGGGAGGUCCACGGAGGAUGGAACGGCAUCUACAAGGGUGGAAAAGCAACAAACUGGGAAGGUGGAAUCCGGGUACCUGGACUCCUCAGGUGGCCUGGAGUGUUAACAGCAGGCAGGAGCAUUGAUGAGCCGACCAGCAACAUGGAUCUCUUUCCAACAAUUGUCAGACUCUCAGAAGCCACAAUGCCCAGAGACCGGAUAAUCGAUGGCCAGGACCUGAUGCCUCUGCUACUAGGUGAAGUGCAGCAGUCAGAGCAUGAGUUUCUCUUCCACUACUGUAACAGCUAUUUAAGUGCAGUUCGCUGGCAUCCAAGGCAUAGUUCCUCUAUAUGGAAAGCUCACUUCUUCACACCAAACUUCAAUCCAGAGGGGUCUCAGGGUUGCUUCGACACCCAUGUUUGCUUGUGCUAUGGAGAUUUCAUCAGUCCUCAUGACCCACCUUUGCUCUAUGACCUCUUGAGGGACCCAUCAGAAUCAUUCCCACUAACACCCACCUCAGAAUCCCAAUAUCACCAGAUUCUGGAAGUGAUGAAGGAGGCUGUGAGGAAGCACCAGGAGACACUGACACCAGUGCCCGAUCAGUUAUCAAUAGGUAAUUUGAUUUGGAAGCCUUGGCUCCAACCUUGCUGCAGCACCAUGUGGAAACGCUGCUACUGUGAUAAAGAAACAAACAGCAGCACAGCACUGGAUUGAAUAAUGGAUUAAAUACAACUCCCUCAUCUGAGGUCUCAGGAAAGAUGAGCAUUUGGCAUGAUUGUAUUUUUCUUUCCUUCUCUCAUCAUUUGUUGUUUACACUUUUUCCUUCCUUUUUUUCCUUUCUUUCAAUGUCUUAUUUUCUCUUCUCUCUCUUUUUCUCACUCUCUCUCUCUUCCUCUGUCCUUUCUUCCUCUCUCAUUUUCUUUCUCUCUCUCCUUUCUAUCCCUUUCUAUCCCUUUCUAUCUCUUUCUUUUUCUCUCUCCUUUCUUUUGCUCGCCUCUUUCUUUCUCUGUCACUUUCUGUCUUUCUCUUUCUCUCUCUCUCUCUCUCACACACACACACUCUCACCUCUCUCACACAUACAUUGUCUCUCUGUCCUUUACAAACACUCUAUCUGUCAGACAUUUGUUUGGUGUACUGUACUGGUAGUUGUGCCCUGAGCAAAUGGCUCGCUGAUAUCAAACUGAGAAUGAUACACCCAUGCGUCACUGAGUGUUAUGCCAAAGUUCAGGUUAAUGUAGGGUUGAAGAAAAUUUUCUCCUAAUCUAACCAUCCCCCCAAAUCCAAUUUGGAAGUAUUUGACAUUUUCAAAGAUGACAAAAUGCUCAGUUCUAAAUCUAUCCUUAUCUUUAAAUCCCUCCAUGAGUUUGGCCACUUAGAAGCCAUCCUUCUCCAGCUCUGUGUAGCUCCAAACUCCAUCCCUUACAUUCUCCCAGCAAAGAUGACUUGAGCCUUCAUUUGCCUGGCUGCUUCUCUCCAAGAAUCCCCUCACUGAAGCCUCUGUAUUUCUGUUCUCUGCUUCUAAAUGCUUUACUCAAUGGCUGAACACUUGGCCUCUCCUCCUAAUGUCUCCUUUCCUCGCUCAGUGACUGUUUUCAGUAUGUCACAUUUUAAGCACCUUGGGACUUUAUUUUAUGACGGAAUGAAGGAUACUAAAUGUGGUUUAUUGACCUUUUAUUAACGAGCACAAUAUUCACAAUAUUUUAAAUAGGAAGAUGUCUGACUCCAAUUUCAACAGGUGAUGCCAAACAGGUUGAGAUAAUUGUUGACCGAUCUAUCUGAUCUAUAUUGAGAUAUGGCCACCGCACUUCAGGCAUUGUAUGUAUACAUCACCAUAUAUUAAUCAUUCCAUUAUUAUGCAAAAAAAGGUAGAGAAAGCCAUUUGUCCCUCAAUGGUUUACUCAGAUCUCGGGGAAUAGCUGGGCUUUGACAAGCACUUACCUAAUCAUCAAGAGGAAAAGCUUGAUUUUCUAUUUACUUCAGCGUUUGGAGAAGACCAACACACAUCAACGUCAGGAUGGGCUGCAAUAGCAGCAAACUGUAUCUCUUUGAUGAAAGGGGCAGACCAUUAUACACAGAGAAGCAUCGCAGCAAUCUCUAUGAAUGUAACUGACUAAUACCUCAUGCACUGCAUGGUGUUCCAAAACGUCCUGUGAUGUACGACAAGAGGUCUGCCACGGUACAAGUUUUGCAUGUGUGUGUGGUGUCCUAUAGGAAAAAUUGGGAUUUCAAAGUGAAAUUAAGACUUGAGUAUUAAUGGGCGCGUUUCAUGACUUCAGGUUGUCUCAAAGUGCUUCGCAACCACAGAGGUACUCCUGAAGUGUAGGCACCGUUGUAAUGUAGGAAUCAACGGAGUUGCAUUAAAACUACGAUGAAAAACAAAGAUAAUCAUGGCCACUUAGGAUCGUUUGAACCGGUUUCAUUUUAAAGGAAGCUAUUGAGACAUGUUUGAGAAACCAGCAGUCACUCAGUCCUUUCUAAUUCUCUAAACAUGGCUCAGUUGUGAAAAUUUAUUUAAUAUGUACUAUGUCCUCAGAUGUAAAAUGUGAUCGCUAAUGUUGGAAUUAUAGAUAUUUUGCAAAGGGGUUUUCAAAUAAAAAGGCACGGAUA